AUGGCAAACCAAUUCUCUUCUCUUUGGCGAAAUGAGGUGUUCGAACCACUCCAGAAAGACAUGAUGCGGAGCGUACAUAAAGACACCGAGCUUGCCGCAUUAAAGGAAGAACUGGAAUGUGUCAAGAAGCGCAUUCAGGCGGAUGAAAUCCGCGUUACACAGAAUCUGAAAGAACCCCAAGGUCGCUUCGACGCCGAACACGGUGCUCAACAGGGUGAAGCUGACAAGGAGAGACGUAAGAGACAGUCCGCCGAGCCAAAAAAGAACCAGGGCCAAAGGCCGCCGAAGGACGACGACACCACGACCAAUUGA